AUGCUUUCCGAAGAUAUCUCAAUGUGCUUUGGUCUAGACAAGUGGCAAACAAUAAGCACUGAUCGAGGUAAGGUGCGACUUUCCGAAGGUUAUUGUCUUCAAAAUGGUGGGAUAAUCAAUUCAAUGACAAAGGAGGAAACCUACAAAUAUCUGGGACUCCUGCAAUCAUUACGAGUUGACGACAGAGAAAUCAGGACUCGGGUAACUACUGAGUACCACCGUAGGCUCAAGGCAAUACUCAAGAGUGGUCUCAAUGGUAAAAACACUUUUAAGGCAAUUAAUACUUUUGCUAUACCAGUACUUAUGUACACAUUUGGGAUUGUCAAGUGGUCGAACGCUGAACUUGAGAGUGUCGAGCGAAGUACCCGUGUAUUGCUUACAAAAUAUCGAAUCCACCAUCCAAAAUCAGCGGUUGAGAGGAUUACUCUACCAAGAACUGAGGGAGGCAGAGGGCUCAUAGAUAUAAAGAGACAGCAUACAAGAAAAAUAGAAAACUUACAGCAAUACUUCUGGAAUAAAGAAUCUUCUCCCUUGCAUCGAAUUGUCUACCUGGUUGACGAUAGGCUUUCACCGUUGGAUCUCCUCCAUGCAAAAGAUAUUGAACCCUCAAUAAGUGAUGUAAACCAUGUUAAGAAUAAACUUAGCCAGUGGGCAUCGAAGGCUAUUCACGGACGUUUUGCUCAUGAGCUAAAAAAAACAAAUUUGAUAUUGUUGCCUCAACUAACUGGAUUUGUAGAGGAGGAAUAUUGGCCGAAACAGAGGGAUUCAUGA